AGCUCGCGCCCAGCUCCCCGGGAAGCCGCCUGGCGCCGCGUGCGAGCGCCCCGGGAGCUCGGGCUGCGGCGGAAGGGCCCCGGGAGCCCCGCGGGGAGACGGGGCAAGCGCCGGGAGCUGGCGCCAGACCCGUCCCAAUGAGAACCCGGCCCCCGCGGCGACAGGAGGGCGACGAGCCCUUGAACCCGCUCCCACGGGGCUGGGGCGUGACACGGAGCUGCCCGUAACCUUCCCGAAGGCGGCUGCGAGUCCAGCCUCACAAGCGGUGCGGGGCCCGCAAGGCGGCCGAGGGGCGGGCCGGGCCGGCCCCCGGGGCGUGCCAGGUCCGCCCGGGCUCUGCCCUGCGCCGCCCGGACUGGAGCCGGGGAAGCGGGGCUGGAGCGCCCGGCGCUGCGGGCCGCUGGUGGCGGGCUCGGGGAGGGAGCCGCAGCCGGGCAUGUCGGGGUUGGAGGCCGCGCUGCCGGCGGAGAAGGAGGAGGAGAGCGAGGAGGAGAGCGAGGUGCUGGAGGAGAGCCCCUGCGGGCGCUGGCAGAAGCGCCGGGAGCAGUUUGUAGACUUCCAUGACCUUGAUCAUGUUUGUUACCCUUCGCUGAACCUUUUCCAGCUCCACUAUAUCCUUUUUGAGAUGGGGCAACCCGAACUGGACACAGUAUUCAAGGUGAACCAGGGGAACAUGCCUGGGAUCCAGAGCACCUUCCUGGCCAUGGACACGGAGGAGGGCGUAGAGGUGGUGUGGAAUGAGCUGCACUUCACAGACAAGAAGGCCUUCAAGGCCCACGAGGAGAAGAUCAAUACCAUGUUUGAGCAGCUGGUGGUUGUGGAUCAUCCCAAUAUUGUGAAGUUGCAUAAAUACUGGCUGGAUGUGAAGGACUCCAAGGCCCGGGUGAUCUUCAUCACAGAAUACGUGUCCUCAGGGAGCCUGAAACAGUUCCUGAAGAAAACCAAGAAAAACCACAAGGCCAUGAAUACUCGGGCCUGGAAGCGCUGGUGCACACAGAUCCUCUCUGCUCUCAGCUUCCUGCAUUCCUGUGAUCCGCCCAUCAUCCACGGCAACCUGACGAGUGACACUAUCUUCAUCCAGCACAAUGGCCUCAUAAAGAUUGGCUCAGUCUGGCACAGGGUAUUUGCAAAUGCCAUCCCUGAUGACCUCCGAAGCCCCAUCAAGAUUGAGAGAGAGGAGCAGCGCAACUUGCAUUUCUUCCCCCCGGAGUAUGGCCAUGUAGCUGACGGGACAGCUGUGGACAUUUUCUCCUUUGGAAUGUGCGCCCUGGAGAUGGCGGUGCUGGAGAUCCAGCCCAAUGGGGACAGCCGAGUCUCAGAGGAGGCGAUUGCUCGGGCAAGGCACUCCUUGGAUGAUCCCAACAUGCGGGACUUCAUUCUGGGGUGCCUGCUCCUCAACCCGGACAAGCGGCCUACAGCCAAUAACCUGCUCUUCCACCAGGUGCUCUUUGAGGUCCACUCCCUCAAACUGCUGGCAGCGCACUGCUUCAUCAACAACCAGUACCUGAUGCCAGAGAACAUGGUGGAGGAGAAGACGAAGGAGCUGGACCUGAACAUGGUGAUGGCGGAGAUCCGGCGAGAGGGGCGGCCUGCAGUGCAGUGGAGAUACUCAGAAGUCUCCUUUCUGGAGCUUGAUAAGUUCCUGGAGGAUGUCAGGAAUGGGAUCUAUCCCCUGAUGAACUUUGCGGCCACCAGGCCCCUGCUGCUCCCGCGUGCGCUCUCCCAGCCUCAGGAGGACCCCCAGAAAGCCAAGACCCCCACCCCGGAGCCCUUUGAUGUGGAGACGAGGAAGGUGGUGCAGAUGCAGUGUAGCAUGGAGAUGAAUGAAGAGAAGGCCCAGUGGCAUCUCACACUCUUGCUAACCCUGGAGGACAAGCUGCACCGACAGUUAAGCUAUGACCUGCUGCCAACUGACAGUUCCAAGGGCUUGGCUUCAGAGCUGGUGCACUACGGAUUCAUCCAUGAGGAGAAUGUUACCAUACGGCUCCUGGCAAUCUGAUGACCCCUCUACAGCAUCAGCUGCUCUGCUUAUCUGACCUUUGCCUCUCUGGAUCUCCACAGCCCUGCUCUUCUCCUUGCUAACACAGAAACAUGAGAGGAUGAUUGUGAAAUGCUGGCCAACUUUCUAGAAAAUGCUUUCCACAAGCACCGGUCUCCUCCCUUCUGAGUCACCCCGAUGACUGGGCAGACAGGUGCCCCCCAAAGGAGGAUGGGAACUGUCCCAGGCCAGAAGGGGCUCUUGAUCAGACUUUCUGCUGCAGAGGUGACCUCGCCAUUUGUUCCUGGCUGUAUCUCUACUGUCCAUCUGGCCUGUGAUUCAGAAAGACAAUGGCAAGAAGAGAAAGGACCAGCAAACAUGAGGCAUUAGACAUGCAUCAUUGUUACUAGGAACCCGCCAAGAAUGUGCUCUUUAGUCCCCACUUCUGAAGGAGGCCAGGGCGAGCGGUGAGGUGGUUUAAGGAGUGGAGGAUCAUGCAGGAAGCUUCUGGCUGGCGGGGUUUUUGAAGAUGCAAAGCUGCUGCAAGAGCUCACAAUUGGUAAAUUUACCUCUGGGAGCAAGAAGCACCUUCACUGUGGGCCAUCACUUUGCUUCCUCAGCUGGAAAUAGUCACAGCAGGGAGUGAGAGUUGGGUUGGGGGGAGUGCAGGUUUGGGAGGAUCUUGAGUAGUUUCCUGUCUGCCACAUUCCACCCCUUUUCCAGGCCUGAUUCCUCUUGCUCUGCUGGGUUCUCCCACGGCAAAGGAGCCAUUGCAAUGCCUUAUAAGAACUGGACUCCCUCUGCUAGGAUGAGGAGAGGACAUUGUGAACUUGACUGACAUGGCAUGGGAAGAAAUUGCAGGAAUCUAGAACCAUUAGGUGGUUCAUAAAAUAUGGAUCAACAGAAGAACCACUGGUGCUGAGCACAGCCUCUGUCAUUUCAGAUUUCAGAAGUUUGUCUCUGAGCCUUCCAAAAAUUCGCUAAAUCCUAGGGAAAAGCCUUGAUGUCUCUUCCUUCCCUGUUUCUCCUGUGAAAUUUCCAUCAUUAGACAGGAGAAUGGGGGCAAAUAUAGCUGCUGAUUUGUCAGGUUCAAGAUUGGAAUAUUAUGCAAAUAGGAAUUUUGUAUCAAAAGCUGUGCCAUGCUGCUCUGCCUGCACCUCGCUGCUCUGAGUGUACUGUUCAUACUGUGCCACAUAGGCCAUGCUGCACUGACUGUAUCAUGCUAUGCUGACUUCCUUACACUGUGCCUGAUUCCCUGUCUAGCACUGGCUAUGUAUGCUUUGCCAUGCAGCACAGACUGUAUUGUGGUGUGCUGGGUUUGCUAUGCUAAACUGCUUUGCCAUGCUGUCCUAGCUGUUUAAUUACAUGAGUUUUCCAAGUGCUGAUAUUGUGCUAACUUUGCAGAUACUGACAUUUCAAUAAAUGGAUUGAAAAGAACAA